AUGACGUUCAAGCUCAACCCGCUCACCAAGAUCAUCGGGCUUUCGUCCGUGCUGGCGCUCGGGUUCCUGCUCGUUGUGCUGGCCGGCGCAUUGUACGCGAACUGGUUCCCAAUUGUGGUCGCCGUGAUCUUUUCGUUCGCACACAUCCCGAUCCUCGUCACCAAGUACUACUCUGCGGAAUUUGACAGCUACCUGGACGACCCGGACACAGCCUCCUCGAACGACGUGACCUAUAUGUUUUGUACUUUUGACAACAAGCUGUCGGCCCUGGACACCAAGCAACCAAGAUCCCAACAUGCUAACCUUCAUGUCCAAGCGGUAGUUUCUCAUUCCCACGGGCUCAUGCCCAAGACCCCCAGGAUCCACAACAAGUCCUUUGUGGGCACCACGUCCCGGUCCAAGAACGGGUGUUUGAAUUGCCGCCAGAAGAAGAAGAAGUGCGACGAGGCUUUCCCCGCUUGCGGGCUGUGUGUGCGUAGCCACGUCCAGUGUGUCCGCAGAGACAAGAAGACCAAAUCAGACAAGGCGGAGAAAGCACAGCCAAUAAGAGCAUCUAGACAGUUCAGACAGACAGAACAGUCGCUCACGAUGGCUAAACAGACAAUCCCCGAGGUUGACGACGAUUUCGCCGCCAUGGACGAGUCCCAGAUGAUCGAAAACCUGUAUCUGAACGAUCAGGAGCUGAUAAGGGUGUUGCAGGCCAAGGAUAUCCGCAACCACCUGCCGCCAGCCGUGUUCCACCUGUUCACAAACAAGAUCUCGCCGGCCAUCACGGUGCCUUCCUCGGUGCUGGUGCGCUCAUUGGACGAGACUGGCCGGCUGUUCCUCGACCAUUUCAUCUCGUACAUUACGGCAACUUUAACUGCGUGCCCCAAGAAAGUGAACCCGUGGUCCAAGUUCAUCAUCCAAAUGGCUGCGCACGAUGACGCGAUCCUGAACGGCGUUGUUGCGUGGGGAGGAAUGUUUCUGGUUGGCCACGAUAACGAUAUCGCACGCCGGUACCUUGCCCGGUGCACCAGUCUCACCAAGAAGAAAAGACAGAAAGCUCUCACAGAACGGACUAUCCAGGACUACCUCUCGCUGGCAACGUGUUUCAUCGUGCUGAUGGGGUCCCAGAUCUCCACGGGCGACAUCAAGUUCUGGUACCACAUGUUUCUGCAAUUUAAGGACGUUUUCACCGAGUAUGGUGGGGUGCUCAAGUUCAUCAAGGACAACAAGCAUCUUAAAGAGGCCCGGUGGAUAGUGUCGUACUUCUUUUUCCACGACAUCAACACCAUCAGAACGGCCGUGAUCGGCACCCACGUCGAGAUGGAUACCUACAAGGAGAUUUUCCAGCGCCAAAAGCUGCUGGAGAUGGACGAGUACGGCAUCGAUCCGUUCCAAGGCUCGGCCCCGGAGAUCUUCCUCAUCCUGGGCGAGAUCCUGUGCAAGAAGAAGGAGCUGAACGACUUCAAGACCAAGAUCUGGUGUCUGGAGUUGAGUGGGGACCCUUCGGUGGGGGACGAGAUCAUGAAGCUGCAGCUGGAGCGCACCGAGCUGUCCUGGACGGCGUUCGAGGAGCUGGAGACCAUGAUCCUGCAGUCCAGGCCGUCGCUCGUGCAACUCGAGCAGAUCUCCCACGACACAGAGCUGCUCACGUUGCAUCUGACGCUGUUUGAGCUGCUCCAGAUCGUGAUGCAGCUGUAUUUGCGCAUUGCGAUCCACGAGACGGAUUUCCGCGACGAGGAGAUCGUCCGGCUCCGCAACCACGCGGGCAAGCUGCUGGACCUGGUGAUCGGCACCUCGUUGCAGGUGUUCACCUGUUUGGUGCUGAUGAUUCUUGGGGUGGUGAGUUAUGACGAGAAAAGCAGAAAGGAGACUUCGGAACGGAGUGUUGGAAGAUCGUGGACGAGCGCGUUGCAAACGGGGAGUCCUGUUUUGUGGACUGGUGCGACGUGGUGGAGAAUUUUGGGUGGGAGUUCUAUAACAGACCCAGACACCCUCUGGUACGUGCUCUCGCACAACCACGAGAGCUGGGGCGGCAAACUGUCCGUGGACGAAUACUGCGAGCGCGAGCAGCGCAACUACACCCACCGCCUGUGCGACCUGUGGAGAGAUCCCUCUGUGACCAACGGCACCUACUACUGGGUGCUCAAGGACACGGCGCUGUCCCCCACCGAUCGCCAGGACAUUGUGUGUGCGUGCGAGUUUCUAGUGCGCGACUCGUACUACUUUGACACCGAGCUUCGUGCGUGCAAGUCUGCUGUGGUGGGGUCUGUGUACACGUUGAAAGACCACAGAAAAAAGGGAUACGCCACCAAGAUGCUGGCGAUGCUGGUGGACAAGAUGAAGGAGAUUCUCACUGGCGAGCACGACUUCACGUUUCUGUACAGCGAGGUGGGGGAGUUUUACGCUCAGUUUGGGUACAAAAGUGCCAAUGUGCCGCUCGCAGAGCUGGCAACUGGGGGAAAAACAGAUAUACAGUACACCCCCAUCAGGGGCGAGCAAUUGGCCGCGUUUGUGGACCAGUACGAUAGAAAGCUACAGGCGCUGGUCCGGCGCGAGCCAGGGUCGGUGGCGGUGAAGCCUUCCCCCGCCGGAGUGGAGUGGUUCCACAACCGGUCGGUGCACCUGGCAGGACUACAGAAACGGCAGUUCGAUGCGAACUGCUUCGGCUUGAACAUAGGGAAUGCAUUUGUCAUUUGGUAUUACGAAUUCGCUACCGACAGAGUUACCAUUCUGAUGCUGGAUGCGGAAACAAAGGAGCAGGUGAAGCAGCUGCUGGAGUGCUGUAUCUGUGAGUGCUCUGGUGUGAAGAAAAUUAGAGUGUGGCACGACGAGCUGGUGUACCACGGUCGAGACAGAGAUCCGGACGUGCUGGACGUUGUUUUGGAGCUCGGGGGCCGGAUCAACUUGGAAAACGAGAGUCUGCCAGCGAUUGGAAUGCUGCACUCGGAGAAAACCCCGGUCUGGAUUGGCAACAGCAAGUGGCCGUGGAACGGCUCUUCUAAGAAUCACCAGUUUAUAGAUGGCAUAGAAUCCGACCGCAAACACAAACAACAAGCACAGAUCCAGCACGAUCUCGGCAAUUCCAUGGUAUCCGGCGCCCUGAAUGCUGUGCUGGUCGACCAGGUAGUAGUUGAAGAGACCAAGACCGAUUUCAUGAACCGGUCUAAAUCCCGGCUGGUGGGCUUCUGGAGGGAUCACCAAAUACUUGUUGUUGAGAUCCUGGAACAGAUGCUCACGCAACAGGACCGUGUCGUAGUGGGGAGGAGGGACGGCCAUGGCUUUGUUAAAGUGGGACACUGUAUUUCAGGAGGAAGAGUGGGCAAAAUUUUAAGUUAA